AUGGCGACGGUUAGGCGAAUCAUACCUCACACUGAACGGGGAAAGGCGACCCGACAUAAUUACGUGAAUAUGUACGCGAAGGCGGGGACGCUGGAGACAGGGAGCGACGACGAGUUCAUGCCAACCGUGCUCUACGGUGGCCUGCAGUCACCAGGAAACGCGGUAACGCCAGGGGGGUCGACCCUACCGAACGAUGGGGCCGAUGCGGAGGAGGAUGACGAGCCAAUCCCUGCUCACAUAUUGAACAACGACUGGAGCUGGCUGGAGUUCGGCGACGACGGCAGCGAAGACGGGGCUUCGGCGGAUGUGGAAGAGGUGCCGCAGAAGGUCCCGGCAAACCAUACGCCGGCUCGCCGCGAAGAGGCAGCUCCUGCUCGGGGGUCGGGCGUGGCCGGAUCUGCAAGCGGUGAAACCCCUGAGGGCGCGCGGGUGGAUAGCGGGUCGAACAACGAUGCAAGCCGUGUUGCGACACUGGAGGCGGAGCUGCGGGCAUUGAUGGGGAAAGUAGCCCAGCUCAGCGGGCAAGUCGUUAAGAGGCAAGAGGAGCCGGAGGGUCAAACGGGGCAAAAUGUGGAAAAACCCGCUGUGGCCAUUGUCGAGAGUCAGCCGCCCGUUCCGGUCGUCACCAAGCCAGCCGCAACACCCUCCCGGAAACCCCAGGUGGCCGCUACCGUCAGGGCAGACCAUGAAAGCCCUGACAACCCCGCGUCCAAGGGCACUUCAGGCAAGAUGACUUGGGGACGGUGGGAGCCAUGGAAUGGGGAGGACCGAUGA